GUAGCAACUACUACUUUUUUCUUUUAUUUUUAUUUUUUUGGCUUUUAUAACAUUUGUGAUCGAUGCCUUUACCGUUUGGAUUAAAAAUGCCUUCCAAAGGCACACUUAUUUUUAGUGGAAUUGCUGGCGCCAUUAGUGGCAUCGUUUAUGUUAGUAAUAAGAAUGCUGACGAAGCUAGAAAAAGAAUAGCACAAAAAGUUUCAUUCUUAGCAGAUAGGCCUUGUGGGGUUCAUGAAAUGCCUCGAAAGGUCCUUGUGUAUAUAUCUGCUCCUCCAGGUGAUAGUAUUGAAAAAAGUCGAAACUGGUUUCGAGAAUAUGUUAAACCUAUUCUUGUUGCAGGUGCUGUUGAUUAUGAAGUAAAGGAAGCAAAAUCUGCUGGACAAAUUGAAAGCUCUGUUAUUGAAGAAAUUGUCAAACUUCAUCGUGAAACGACAGAAGAAAAGGAGCCUAUAAAGAAUGAUUCUGUAAGCAAUAAUCCAUUUGCAACUUCUGCUAUGGAAGAGAUUAUGCAUAAGAAACAAGAAGGCAAUACUAAGUUUGAUGGUAUUUUAGCUAUUGGUAGAAAUGCUUAUCGUGAAGUUCUUAAUGGUUAUUCAAAAAGUUGUGAUACUAGCCUUAAAGUGAUAAAGGAGGAAAAGGAGUCGAAUACAGAUGUUAAAGAAACUGAACUAGACGAAUUAAAGAACGAUUUAGAUGAAAGACAAACAAUAGAAAAUAAUAAUGAAGUCAUGCUAGAUCAACCACAACAGUUCAUAGUAGAAGAAAAGGAGAAUCAUUUUUCAUUACCGCCUUCCUUUUCACCAGUCAUGUAUAUUCCGCAUGUUAAUAUUAUUGGGUGGAAUAAUAUUCCUUAUCGACUUUACAUGUGGUAUGCUGAUUAUAAAAGAAUUGAAGAGGUUGGGAAACAUGUCGUUGCUGUUGUAUUGAACAAUACAAGACCUAUUGAGAAAAGUGAUGCUGAUUUAGGCCAAAAUGAAAAAAAAUAUUGGAUUGGAGAUGAAUCAGUGAAAGAAUUAAAAGACAAUGAUAAACCUAUAGUGAUUGAUGAAAGAAUUAUUGACAAACUUAAAACUUAUACCACUGAAGAUCUUCCUUAACGGAGUUUAUUAAAAAAAAUUUAUAAAUAAAGCUCCUGGAGACAAUUUUUUUUUUU